CUGUCCAUAGUGAAGUGUUAACUACACUGAGACAUGUCUUUUGUAUUCAAAUUUACGAGCUUUCUUAAUAUAACUUAUUCAGUUUAUUGAUCACUUUUGUUUUUGGAAUUGAUUACACAUGGAAAAAGGUUGGUAGGGGUACAGAAUUGUUGAAGAUAUAAGAUUUGAUUGAACAACUUAAUGCUAAAACUGUAGCCGUUUCACCAUUCUCGUAUGAUGUUAAGAGGGAAGACGUGGAAGCCUUCUUUAGUCAGUAUGGAAAGGUAAUCCGCUACUGAAAUAUUUUUUCAAUUUUAUGUUUGGAGUAUAGUUAGAAUGACUGGUUAUACAUGUGUAUGAGAUAUGUAUGUUUUUUCUUUUCAGGUUAAUAGUGUGAGGAUGCCUCGUCAUGUAGCAGAGACGAGAGUGCUUUUUAAUGUUGCCUUGGUUCCCUACUGAAGAGGAUGCCCAAAAUGUUAUGAAGCAAAGUUAGGUCUUUGCUGGUCUCGAGUUGGAUAUGAAAUCAAAGUAAUCCUACUUGCUCAGCUGUCUGACUUGGGUAUGUAUUGAAGUGAGACAUGAGCUUAUGCAACAAGAGGAGGCAUUGGCAGUUCGAAACUGUGUAUGUUAGUUCUAUAUGUUGUUAAAACUUUGAUGUCAUGUAAGACUUGUUUUAGUUAAUGUAAUAGUUUUUUUAUGUAUUUUAGAUCAUUUAAGCAAUCUGUUACAAAAAGAAAAGAAAGAUAAUUUAUGCAAUAAAAAAUGGAUUUUAAUAUAUGUAUUUUUUAAAAAAAUUAUGUACCUUUAGAUUGAAAAAUAUUCGUAUUUUAAUUUAUUUUUGAGUGCAAAAUUAAAGGAUAAAAUGAUAAUUAGAGUUUCGUUAUACGGAUUUUGGUUUACUUCUAACCCUGAACUUAACCCAAACUAACCCUAAACUCUAAAUACAAAAUCUAAAUUUUGAACUUAAUCUUUAAUCAAAUCUACUUAUAUGGUAAAUCAUUUAUUUUAAAUUGAAUACUAUAAGUUUAAUUAAAUAAAUGUUUUCAUAUAGUUAUAAAUCAUAAUUACCACAAAUUAUGUUUAGUUUAGAUGGUCAAUGUACAAAUUGAUGUCCAAAUCUUAACCCUAAACCAUUAACUUAAACUCUAACCCACUAAACACGAAACUUAAACACUAACACUAACUUAAUCUGUAAACUAAAAUCUAAAUGUUUUGAAAAUUAACCUAUACAUUUUUUAUUAUUUAACUUCAAACAUUAAAAACAGUAUAUAACACAGGAAAAUAAAUACAAAUAAAAAAAUCUCACUGCAUAAAUACUGUUCAUUAGAUCAGUCUCAAUCUAAUGGACCAAAUCCCUUCCUUCUUAUUUUUUAUCUCUUGUUUUUCAUUGGAUGAUGAAAUGUUGGUGUCGAUAACCAAGUUUCAAUUGGAACCGUUGAUUAAAUAUAAUCCAAGGGACGUAAACAUUUUUAAUGGUUUUCACUCUCCUUUUAGCCGCAGGUCGCGCGACACGUAAACGAACAUGGCCUCUAUCUCUGCUCCUCUCCUCUUCUAUUUGCUCAAAUCACGAAAUCUUCUAGAUCCUAAUAUUCUUCUCGUCUAUGAAACCCCUCUGCUUCUCCAACCACCAUUGAUUGAAGCUUCACCACCACUCUUUUUGAAACCGUCACUCGUCGUCACCACCAUCGCCGUCCGACACCACCACCACCACGACCACAACGGGUUGGAAGAGGCAUGGCGUGCUUCCAUGGAGAUUGAAGACAUGUGUAAUGGUCAUCUCUUUCUCGAGCUUGCCCCUGUCAUCAACGGUCUCGAGCAGAGUGGUCCUGAGCAGAGGAGACGUCUCAUCCCUUCGGUCUCGAGCUUGCCCCUGUCAUCACCGGUAUCGAACUCGUCUCGGUCGUCAUCAAUGGUGCCGGAGAUGAGACAGAAUGGAGGAAGACAUCGGGAAGAAAGAGGCAAAGGAGGAGGGAGGCGGCACAGAGAGAUUAGGUUUAGAGUUAAUUAGGGUCUGGUUAAUUAGGUUUAGAUUUUGGUUAAUUAGUUUUUGGUUUAGUGUGUUUUGGUUUACUUAUUUUUUUAAAAAUUUCUGGU